ACUGAAUUCAAGAAAAUGUCUGAGGGCUGAAAGAUAAGAGCUGACAGCUGGAGAGAGGGGCCUGUCUAUUUUGGGGUUUGUCGGCCUGGAGCACCACAUUCCGUGCUCCUCCCUGACUCGGAAGGCACACUCUGCAACCUUCUCUCCACUUCUAGUCUUUCUUCAUGUUUCCCAGGCCCUGAAACUUCCAGAAGAGCAACGGGAGAAGGACUUCAGCUGAAGCGGACUGCAUGCGCUUCACUUGCUGAGAGGAAAAGAAACCUGCCAGGUCCUGCUAGUCCAAGCUGGCUCAUUUCAGAGCGGCUCAGUGUCAUCAUGGCUCUCCUAUGUUACAACAAAGGCUGUGGAGAAAGAUACAACCAAGAGGAGAACUCUGAUGAUGUCUGCCUCUAUCACUCGGGGUACCCCGUAUUCCACGAUGCCUUGAAGGGCUGGUCAUGCUGUAGAAAAAAGACGACUGACUUCUCUGAAUUCCUGUCUAUAAAGGGCUGCACUCGGGGGCGCCAUAGCAACGAGAAGCCCACCGAGUCAAUGCGGCCGAAGGUCAGCUCCAACAAGGCUGGCAAUGAGCGCCCCCUUGCGGACACCGAGAUCAUCUUCAGUGGUCCCAAGUCAGCGGAGAAGCUGCAGAGGGAGAGACCAAGGUACCUGAGGGGUGAGUCAUAG